CUUAUUUUAACAUGUGCUUUGUUCCCCUCUACGCGCCUGAUAACGACUGCUUCCUCGCUCAUGUUUGAAGUUGCGGCAGUAAUGCCUCAAACUGUCUUUGCCUGCAUCGCGAACGAGCAAGGGACCGAAUUCCAACAUGUAUAUGUGAGGUUCGACACCCAUCAGCGAUGCUGGUAUCUGGAGACAUGAACUUCAGUCCAUGAAUAUCCAUCGCGACGUUUCUCGCCAAGAUCAAGGUCGAACCCCAUCAAUCUCCCUUAGCGAUAGAUCCGUUUCCACGGCUGCAUAGCCGGAAUGUCAAACACUACCAACACAACUUGGCCAGCUGAUGGAUUCGUUUUGCCCGCAUUCGAGUAUAACCAAACUGAGGCACAUUUUCUUAUCGUGUUUGGUGUAUUCCUAACUCUUCUCGCAACAAUAUCGGUGAUCGCUCGCCUCUACACUCGGUAUUUUAUUGCAAAUCAUGUCGAACUUGAUGAUUUCAUGGCAACAAUGUCUUUGGCGGCGACGAUUGGCGUAUGUGUGAUUCAAAGUGUUUAUGCAGCUGUAUACUUGCCCAAUGAUACGAGUGGUAUACUGACUACGACUACGGCGUCCAAGCUCUUCUACGCCAAUGAAAUUGUUUAUACUUUGGGAGUCACCUUCUACAAACUGACCUUUUUGAUCCAAUUCUGGCGCAUAUUUCGGUAUAUCUACUACAUGCGCAUGGUAUACAUCGCGGCUAUCGUGCUCAUAACCAGCUGGUGCGUCUCGCAGACACUAAUCACAAUGAUGACGUGUCUCCCAAUCGCGGCCAAUUGGGACUUGGCCAGUUUCGAUCGUGUCGCGGGCUCCAAUGUCAUAUGCUUACCUGUCUGGAUUCCGACAUACUUGAACGCUGGUGGUACUGUCCUAACAGAUGUCAUCGUGUUGCUUCUCCCAGUACCUGCUCUUUGGCGUUUGAAUCUGCGUCGCUCACAAAAGUGGGCAGCUUUCGGUGUCUUUGGUAUAGGGGGAAUCGUACCAAUCAUCUCAGCCGGUCGUAUCUGGUCACUUGGGUAUCCACCACCAAAUGGCUUCGUGGCGCAAAGCUGCUUCAAUAUCGCUGAGCUGGCCGCCGGCGUCAUCACCGCUGGUCUGGCAACUAUACGCCUGCUCGUCAGUCGACACUUUCCCUCUCGUUCUCUGGCCACUCUGCCAUCCCGGACUGCGGGGGAUUCCAGCACUUCCAAAAGCAGGUAUCUGCACAAAUUGUCGUCGAAAGCAUCCAGUAACUCCAAAUUCCAAUCAGGCCAUGUACAACUGAGCUAUCGAACCAGUGAAACAGAGCUCUUCGACAGGAGUAAUAACUUCAGCGGCGCACCUAGCCGAUGGAAUCAGGCCAAUUUUGGUAACAGCGCCACGGUCACCGCCGGAAGAUAUGACCAGUCGAUGCAAGCUGGUGGCGCGGAGUUCUUGAAAGAGUUUGGUAUCAUUGUCGAGAUGAACUGGGAAGUCACUGAGACCGUUAUUGAGAUCAAGUAAAAGCUUUCGGAUACGUGGGAUGGCCUUUACUGAUAUCUCGUGGUAUUUCCCAGAAGUGUAUAGUUCGUCCACGUAACAGUGCUGAGCUGCUCUGUCCACUGCUACUCCAGAAACCACGUCAAAUUGAACAUGCUUGUGCUAC